ACAGGCUUCACGAACUUCACUGAGACGAAGCCAAAACAGAGACAUCGACACCAAAAGAGGCAGACUCGAGUCUCACCGGACAGCAAAGUCCCAUUUGCAGCAGGAGCAGGGAAGCGUGCACCUGCAAAGAGCUUUGCGAGCUUUGGAAGCUUUGAUCCAUGAAGCCAAACAAGAUAUCCAAGCCCAUUUUGUACCAUGUAGAUGAUCCAAGCGGCGUUUGACAGGCAGCAAGAUAGCCACACGGGUGUAGCAUCGUAGUUGCAUUCCAGCAACAUUGACAUGAGCUGCGCUCUCCGUUGAACGGAUUGAAUGAUCAUUAAUGAUAUAUAUAUAGAGAUACAAGUGCAACAUUCACGUAUCAUGAAGACACACGCUGCAUCAUGCUGCAGAGUCGAGUCCAAAGAUCGGCUUGGAAUUGUUUCCGCACCUGGGCCCAAGCGUUGCGCUGUCGUAGCUCAGAGGGUGUGCCGGCGAUGAGCCCCCGAAUAUCCAGCUGAGGUAUGGCCCAGCCUCCCAAUAUUCGUGGAAUGGAAGCGUUUGAAGCAUAUCAGAGAAACGAUUUGAGGAUAUUCGAGGUAAUUUUUGUGCAUUUGCCUGUCAUCCUUAAACAUCCACAGCAUUGAACGAUCAUUUCCAAAUGAAAUAAGUUGUGCCUUUUCUUAGCAGCCCUAGCACAUGAUAGAUCUACAAGAGCCAUAUGAGCUACAUAUAUAUAUGUUAUUGACGCACAUACGUUACAUUCACACAAGGUGCAUUUUAGUGUCAAGACUUCAGCUGCUUCCAACUUGCACCAGAUUUCAGGAGAUCCUUCGGCAGUAUACCAACGAGUUGCGCGAUGUCGCGAAGAGACCCCGGUCCUUCCUCACCCAGGUGCUGAAUCUGGGCUGCAUUGUCUUCUCUGCGCUGAUGCUUUGGAAGGGUCUGAUGGUGGUGACCAAGAGCGAAAGCCCAGUGGUCGUGGUGCUCAGUGGCAGUAUGGAACCUGGUCUACAGAGAGGAGAUAUUCUGUUUCUGUCGUUGUACUCCGAGCCGUUCAUUCCCGGUGAUGUCGUGGUUUUCCAGAUCGAGGGCAGGGAUAUCCCAAUCGUUCAUCGAAUCAUGAAUGUCCACGAGAAGGACGACGGCAAGCUUGCUGUGCUCACGAAGGGUGACAACAAUACGGUGGGUGAUCGAGGAUUGUAUGCUACGAGGCAGAUGUUCAUCAGCAGGAAAGAGAUGAUGGGACGCGCUCAAGUCUUUUUGCCCCACGCUGGAAUGAUUACCAUUUGGUUGAAUGACUGGCCCUGGCUGAAAUAUGUGCUGAUUGGUUCCAUGGGCUUCUUCGUGAUCAUUGGUCGAGACACUUGAGCACACCACGGAAGAGUUGGACAGCGUUUGAAGGUGGAACUUUUGGAGUGUGGGUCCACUCUCCACCGUAGCCAACCCCAAAGAUCUACAUGUGACAUUCAAGUCGGUCAUGAAUUUAUACAAUUUUGCUUUGUACAGGUUAAGUAACCCUUGGCUUCCGCCAAGAGGCAUCCACAGUGUGCACCGUCUCACCGACUCUCGCUACAGUUUCCGGACAGACGCAUGCACCUGUGAAAA